GAUUUGUACAUGCGCAGGAAGUUUCCGCGAAAAACAAAAAUAUGUAACUUUGACAUUUACUUUAUAUUUGAUUAUCUGUAGUUUUUGACAUGGAAAAUGAAGACGAGAAAGCAUUAGAGUCUUACAAGAAGCAGAGAUUUAAAGCCGAACGAAAAGGCAAUCUGGAAAAUGAAGCUAGGAUCUCAAACUACAUCGGUGACAUCUAUGAAAAAUAUGGAGAAUUUGAGACAGCUGUCGAGGAGCAUGAAAGAGCCCUCAGACUGAGGGAAGUGCUGGGCAGGAAGAUUGAUAUUGCUGUGGCAUUCAGAACACUAGGAGAGUGUUACUGCAAGAAGAAAGACUAUGAAAAGGCACACAGUUUACAUGAGAAAUAUCUGUCAUUGGCAAGAGAAUGUGACGAUUUAGUGGAAGAACAGCGUGCCCUGACAACCAUUGGUAACACCUUUCUGGAACAGAGUAAUGAGAGGUCAUUCAGCAUGAAGACGAGGAGGGGAGCCAGUAAGAAAGCAGAAAAUGUCUAUCUGAAAAGUCUCGAGAUAUGUGAUCAGCUAAAAGCCACCAUUGAUGAGAAAGAAUUUAUUGAUAUGAAGGCUAGAAAUUUUUAUAACUUAGGUCUGGUGUAUGAUGGGUUAGAAGAUUCAGACACCAGUAGACAGUACCUAAAUAAAGCUUUGUCUUUAUGUCAGAAACAUUACCUAAUAGAUAUGUUAUAUGUAUGUCAGAAGGCUUUAGGAGAUAUCUACCUUAAAUGCAAUAAGUUGGAGGAUGCUGGGAAAUUUCUAGAUGAGGCGUACACAACUGCUAAGAAACUGAAAAAUAAAGCAUUGGAGACAGAUGCUCUUUGGCUCAAAACACAGGUUUUUAUUAAAUUGAAGAAAUACCCAUCUGCUCGUCAUUUGUUAAAGAAGACUGGUAAAGUUUACAAGACUAAUGAAGAAGAAAUGUCCAAAAUACUUGCUUAUUACAAGUCAGUUCUAUGUAUGGAGAAAACUAUGGAAUCUAUGAGGAAGAUAAAUAAAGAAGACUUGUUAGGGAGGAUACCGCUCUAUGAUAAACUAGGUGAUUGUGCUGUAGACCUGAAGAUGUAUGAUCUAGCUAUAUCAUACUACAAUAAAGUGCUGACAGCAAGUAUUGCAGUUAACAAGGAGAGAAAAGAGUUGAUACCAACAUACAUUUCCCUCGCACAGACGUACAGUGACUGCUUCCAGUACGAUAAAGCUAUAGUGUAUUAUAAAAAGGAAAUAGAAUGCUAUGGGGAUGAUAAUCAUGAACAGAUAUGUAGGAGCUGGUUAAAUAUAGCAGCGUAUGAGGAGAAGAAUGAUGUGGAUUACAAGAAAGUACAGAACUCGUAUGUGAAUGCACAUAAUGCAGCCAAAAAGGCAGGGAAUAGGAGGCUUCAGUGUCGAGCAUUGAGUUGUCUGGUAGAACUAUUCAAAAUCCACAAAGAUGAGAAGUCACUGAAGAAAGCAAAGGAUCAGUUAGACCAUAUAAAAUCAAAAUAUAACAUUGUGGACAUGGAAUAUGAAGAAGAAAGUCAGGUUACAGAAGAUGAUGAUACAGAUUUUGGAGACAUUGUGAACACUGAAGAUGAAGUGGAAAUGUCCGAUUUGACAGAAUCUGAAGAAGAUGAGGAGAUGGUUGUGAAAACAGUGAGAAUGGCAAGGAGGAAUGGAAAACGAGUAAAGGAGCAAAAAAGGAAUGAUUUUGGAGAGACUCCAUUACACCGUGCAUGUAUCAAGGGGGAAUUGCAGAAAGUUAAGCAGUUGAUUGCAGAGGGUCACCCAGUAAAUGUUCAAGAUAACAGUGGUUGGAUUCCCUUGCAUGAGGCUGCAAACAACAACUGGUAUGACAUCACAGAGUACCUGUUACAACAUGGGGCAGACAUCAAUCAUAGAGGCGGACCUAAAUGUCAGGGAAUGACCCCUCUAAUUGAUGCAGCCAGUGUUGGAUGGCUCGAUAUUGUGGAACUGUUACUAAAAUAUGGGGCAAAUGCUCUUGCAAAAGAUGAUCAUCAAAUGACAGCUUUAGAUCACUUGAUGAAGUUACGAGAAGAAAAUGGCGAGGUGGAUAGAAAAACAGAGAUACAGUUUAAUAAUAUUGUAGGAAUGUUGAGAGAGAAAAGUCCUGCCUAUAGAGGAACUUCAAGGAACAAAGUUUUAACACAGUCCAAACCAGCUGCUCUGGUUCCAGAGUCUGAAAGCUAUAGUCAGAAUUUGCCAACAAUUACACGGAAGCCAAAGGCUGAUAAAAAACGACAAUCUAGAAAUGAUGUUAUUGUUGAUAGUGACUCGGACAGUGAUGGCUCCUUGAUUAGAAAUUCCAGAAACAAAAGUCACAGUCCUGUGCAUAUGGAUACUGAAAAUAGUUAUCAAAGCUUCUCUGAUGAUUAUGAUCAGUGUGCCACAGAUGCUUACAAACAGGCAAUAUCUAAAGUAGGCCGGUCAGCAUGCAGGGCUAACCAGUCUUCACAACCAAAGUCUACAAAAAGAACAAGUAAUCCAGAUGGGCCUGCGCUGAUUGCAGAGGAAGAAUUUAUAGAGAAUGACUGGUUAAUUGAUGAUCUUAAACCCACAAAACAGAAAAAGGUUGAUGUAAACGGAUAUCUCUCAACUGGAAAUAUCCGAAAACGCAGUCGAUCAGGUUCACUAAGUCCUUUACCUUACACGGAAAGACUCAAAAGAGAUUCUCACAGUAGUCAGAAGAAACGGAUAAAAAUUGUUGACUCAGACUCGGAGAGUGAAUCCAGUGUAGGUCAAGAACUAGGUAGUAAUGAAAAUCCUAGAUUGACAGAUAUUACAAAUACUGUUAGUGAUGAUGAAUUAGAGAACACUGUGAUAGGAAAUAAUGAUGUUGAUGUUUUAUUUAAUGAUUAUGAUUCAGAUGUGGAAAAAGUUUCUCCAAAACAGCAGGUCAGUGCAACAAUACGUGCUAAUAAUAAUUUUUUCGUUAAGAAAAAUUCUCAAAAACAACUGAAAUUGACAGAUUUUGGUGGUUCUAUCACUACAGCAACCACCAGAACACAUUUAAAUGAUAGAAUAGGUACACAAUAUGAGCAAAAUAGUGCAAUAAUUAUAAACCAGUCUAUGGGAGAAUCUAAUAGUGCUAAAAACAGGGAGAAACCAUUAAAUAAUGUAAUUAGAGUAAAAGUGAAUGUUGAAGGCGUUUUAUUACUGAUCCCUGUGGUUGACAACGAUGGAACAAAAACAUUUUCCUGGCUAGCUGAGGAAGCUGCCACAAGAUACUAUAAAAUGCGAGGAGUGAAAUUGAAACUAACGCUUGGCAAAGAUGGAGCUCAUUUUUCACCUGAUGACCUGGUUAAUCUUUUACUAGUGGAUAAUGAUUUGGUAGAAAGUUUUGUUGACAGUAAAGAUGAACAACCGCCUAUGGUUGAAAGUUACAAAAAUGCCUGCAGUACCCUUAAAACAGUAUGCUACAAGAAUGUGUCAAUGUUACUACAGUCUUGUGAGGUAUCAGGCAAGCUGUGUUUGGGAGACCUUGCACUGAGGCCUACAAGAUUUCAGCCUGUAGUAAGGGCUAUACAGCAUCAGACAUGUCUCAGGGAACUGGAUUUGAAAGGUAACAGAAUAUGUGAUACAGGACUAGAGAAUCUGUGUAAAGUGUUAAAUACUGUACCAAAUCUUGUCUACCUCGGACUGGCGUGUAAUGAUUUGACUGUAGAAGGUCUCAGGUCCCUAUGUGCUGCUGUUUCAGCGGAAAAUAAUAAAACACUGCAGAAUUUGACGACGUUAGAUCUCGGUCACAACCCACUAUAUGAUGGAUGUCUAGUCUGUUUGGCCUCACUGAUACGAGGACUACCUCAGCUGACAAGACUGUCAGUGUCAUCGUGUAAACUUUCUGUGAAGUUCUUCCAGAAUGAUCGACUACAGCUUACUGAAGCUUUACAUAGUUCCAGUUUACAACAUUUUGAUGUCUCAUAUAACCAGUUAGGAUGUGUUGGUGUAGAGCUGUUCCUGAAAUGUCAGAACCCAACACAGAUACUCUCCCUGGAUUUGACCUCAACCAUCUCAGACCAUAGGUCAUCCCAGGUGUACAGACAUAUCUACAAUUUUGCUUCACAGGAUGGCUGUACAUUACAAGACAUGAAGCUAUGUCAGUGUAACCUUGGUACAGAAGAUGUUGAUUUUCUUGUAAGGUUACCAGCUGUUACCAAGCAUUUACAGAAACUGGACUUAUCUGAGAACCCAAAAUUGGCCAAUCACAUUUUACAGCAACUUUUCCAGUCAUCGGCUUGUGACACCUCCAAUCUGGAAGAGAUUGUAGCCAAUGACUGUGGCAUUCAGUCACCAUUAUCUGUAGAAUUUCUGGAUGCAUUGACAGAGAAACUAUCUGCCAGUGUACCGAUAAGACUGCUGGAAUUUACCUGCUUUAAACUGGAGAAACUUGACAUUGAAAGUUUGACUCAGGUUUGGAAAGACAGAUUUGAGGAGUUCGGGACAGUAACCUGCAAUGAAUAUCGCGUUAAAUUGUCAGUGUCUGAUAGAUGAUAGUGGAAGUCCUUCCUGUUGGCUCAGUAGGCAAAGCGCAACACAACCAGUCAAGAGAUCUCGAGGUGGUUUCUGAGUGAGACGAAUGUUCUGCCGGAUGAUUGACAUUAUGUCUUAAAGUCAUUUAUCCCCCAUCUCUGAUUUUUAGCUCGACUAUACGAAGUAUAAGGAGAGCUAUCCUACUCGCCCCGGCGUCGGCGUCUUUCCGCGUCCCCACCUUGGUUAAAGUUUUGGUGCACUUUCUCUUUUUUCAACUUAUCUCUGUAAUUACUUGAUGGAUUUGAUUCAAACUUCCUCAUCAUCAUCCACAGGUUAAUUUCAGGUUAAAGUUUUGAUGCACUGUCACUCUAUCUCUGUUAUUACUGAAUGGAUUUGAUUCAAACUUAAAAUAGUUGUUUAGCAUCAUCACCCACAUCAUAUGGCACAAGGUGCAUAACUCUGGCACCAUUUUUUCAUGAAUUAUUCCCCCUUUUUACUUAGAAUUUCAGGUUAAAGUUUUGGUGCACUUUCACUCUACCUCUGUUAUUACUGAAUCGAUUUGAUUCAGAUUAAAAAUAGUUGUUCAGCAUCAUCACCCACCUCAUAUGACACAAGAUGCAUAACUCUGGCACAAUUUUUCAUGAAUUAUUCCCCUUUUUACUUAGAAUUUCAGGUUAAAGUUUUAUGCACUUUCACUCUAUCUCUGUUAUUACUGAAUGGAUCUGAUUCAAACUUAAACAAUUGUUCAACAUCAUUACCCUUAUCAUAUGACACAAGGUGCAUAACUCUGGGACCAAUUUUUCAUGAAUUAUUUCCCCUUUUUACUUAGAAUUUUAGGUUAAAGUUUUGAUGCACUUUCACUCUGUCUCUGUUAUUACUGAAUGGAUUUGAUUUCAACAUCAUCACUCACACCAUGACGCAAGGCGCAUAACCCUGGCACCAAUUUUUCAUUAAUUAUUCCCCCUUUUUAGCUCACCUGUCACAAAGUGACAAGGUGAGCUUUUGUGAUCGCGCAGCAUCCGUCGUCUGUGCGUCCCUCCGUCCGUAAACUUUUGCUUGUGACCACUCUAGAGGUCACAUUUUUCAUGGGGUCUUUAUGACAAUUGGUUAGAAUGUUCACCUUGAUGAUAUCUAGGUCAAGUUCGAAACUGGAUCACGUGCCGUCAAAAACUAGGUCAGUAGGUGUAAAAAUAGAAAAAAAAUGGGACCUCUCUAGAGGCCACAUUUUUCACAAGAUCUUCAUGAAAAUUGGUCAGAAUGUUCAACUUGAUGAUAUCUAGGUCAAGUUCGAAACUGGGUCAUGUGCCGUCAAAAACUAGGUCAGUAGGUCAAAUAAUAGAAAAACCUUGUGACCUCUCUAGAGGUCAUAUUUUUCAUGAUAUCUGUAUGAAAGUUGGUCUGGAUGUUCACCUUGAUGAUAUCUAGGUCAAGUUUGAAACUGGGUCACGUGCGGUCAAAAACUAGGUCAGUAGGUCUAAAAAUAGAAAAACCUUGUGACCUCUCUAGAGGCCAUACUUUUGAAUGGAUCUUCAUGAAAAUUGGUCUAUGUUCACCUUGAUGAUAUCUAGAUCAGGUUCGAAACUGGGACAUGUGCAGUCAAUAACUAGGUCAGUAGGUCAAAUAAUAAAAUUAACCUUGUGACCUCUCUAGAGGCUGUAUUUUUCAUGGGAUCUGUAUGAAUAUUGGUCUGAAUGUUCAUCUUGAUGAUAUCUAGGUCAGGUUCGAAACUGGGUCAACUGUGGUCAAAAUCUAGGUAAGUAGGUCUAAAAAUAGAAAAACCUAGUGACCUCUCUAGAGGCCAUACUUUCAAAUGGAUCUUCAUGAAAAUUGUUCAGAAUGUUCACCUUGAUGAUAUCUAGGUCAUGUUCGAAACUGGGUCACAUGCAGUUAAUAACUAGGUCAGUAGGUCAAAUAAUAAAAAAACCUUGUGACCUCUCUAGAGGCCAUAUUUUUCAUGGGAUCUGUAUGAAAGUUGGUCUGAUAGUUUAAAUUGAUGAUAUCUAGUUCAAGUUUGAAACUGGGUCAACUGCGGUCAAAAACUAGGUCAGUAGGUCUAAAAAUAGAAAAUCCUUGCGACCUCUCUAGAGGCCAUACUUUCAAAUGGAUCUUCAUAAAAUUGGUCAGAAUGUUCACCUUGAUGAUAUCUAGGUCAAGUUCGAAACUGGGUCACGUGCGGUCAAUAACUAGAUCAGUAGAUCAAAUAAUAAAAAAACCUUGUGACCUCUCUAGAGGCCAUAUUUUUCAAUGGAUCUUCAUGAAAAUUGGUCAGAAUUUUUAUCUUGAUGAUAUCUAGGUCAGGUUCAAAACUGGGUCACAUGAGCUCAAAAACUAGGUCACUGUGUCAAAUAAUAGAAAAAACAACGUCAUACUCAGUUCAAAACUGGGUCAUGUGGGAACAGGUGAGCGAUUCAGGACCAUCAUGGUCCUCUUGUUACUUAGAAUUUUGGCACCAAUAUUUAAUGAAUUAUGCCCCUUUUUGCUUAGGAUAUACUUAUAUAGUGUUUUGAUACAUUUUAUCUUUACCUCUCUUAUUACUUUAAGUUGAUAUUUUUAACAUAGACUCAGGCUAUUGUGCAAUAUCUUCAUCCACAAUUGGAGUCAUUAAACACUCCAGUGACAGCUCUAGUUUCCUCAGAUGUGCCCAGUUUCACUAUCCAGCAUCGAAAUAGUCGAGUGCGCUGUCUCCUGUGACAGCUCUUGUUUAUGGGGAAGUUGCCAUGACUUAUGGAGAACUGGUCAGUAAUGGUACAAAGUCUGGGAUCAGUGGUUAGUUUAACUGACCACCAUUUAGUUACUGAAAACCCGUUAAGAAGGCAUAAUGGUACUAGGCAACUAGAUAUGCUAGUUAAAGGAUUUAGUAAAAGACAUUUUACUAAAUUUUGUUGCAAUAUACCAGAUUGUACAUAUCACUUUUAUACAGUCAUUUUAAAAAGACAUAUGAUAAAUGGAAUGGUGUCUUGUGUCUGUCAGCAUUUUCUAUUUCCAAAUUUUAAAUCAAAGUAAGUAUGCUAGCUACUGCUUACAUCUUCACAGGAUUACCUAGUAAUAGUACAUGAAGAUCCCUAUUAUUUUGAAUGUCAGCGGCUGAAAGGUCAAUGUCAUAAGGACCCAACUUAAUUUCUGUUUUUUCUCUUUAGAUUCCGUUUACAGUUUAAUGUAAUAGAACAUGUAUCUUUAUGGUUUGUGUAGGUAUAUACAUUUAUAUCUUUGCAGAAAUUAUGUUUUUGAAACAAUUCCCGAUUAUUUGAAAUUUGUCUUCUGUCACAUUCAAGUAUAGUUACAUAUCAGUGUAAAAUAAAAAUUAUAUGUUCAGCUCUUUGAAACAGCGAAAAACCAAUCUAAUUUUGCUGUUAUAUACCAGUAUUUCUUUGGAAAACAUAAAAUGAAUUAUGAUUUAUCAUGAUAGUUGUUCUUCUUUCAGUUUUGCAUGAAAUUGUAAAUAAUAUCAAUUGUAAAAAUACUGUUACAGCAUACUGUGUUAACUUCAAGAUUGACAUUGCUUCACAGUAAAAAGUAACAUUUAUAUAUUAAAGUUGCUUGUGGUUUUUAGCUCACCGGUCACAAAGUGACAAGGUGAGCUUUUGUGAUCACGCGUCGUCCGGGCGUGCGUGCGUGCGUAAACUUUUGCUUGUGACCACUCUAGAGGUCACAUUUUUCAUGGGAUCUUUAUGAAAAUUGGUCAGAAUGUUCACCUUGAUGAUAUCUAGGUCAAAUUCGAAACUGGGUCACGUGCGGUCAAAAACUAGGUCAGUAGGUCUAAAAAUAGAAAAACCUUGUGACAUCUCUAGAGGCCAUAUAUUUCACAAGAUCUUCAUGAAAAUUGGUCAGAAUGUUCACCUUGAUGAUAUUUUUAGGUCAAGUUUGAAACUGGGUCACGUGCCAUCAAAAACUAGGUCAGUAGGUCAAAUAAUAGAAAAACCUUGUGACCUCUCUAAAGGCCAUAAUUUUCAUGGGAUCUGUAUGAAAGUUGGUCUGAAUGUUCAUCUUGAUGAUAUCUAGGUCAGGUUCGAAGCUGGGUCACAUGCGGUCAAAAACUAGGUCAGUAGGUCUAAAAAUAGAAAAACCUUGUGACCUCUCUAGAGGCCAUACUUGUGAAUGGAUCUUCAUGAAAAUUGGUCAGAAUGUUCACCUUGGUGAUAUUUAGGUCAAGUUCGAAAGUGGGUCACAUGUCAUCAAAAAGUAGGUCAGUAGGUCAAAUAAUGAAAAAACCUUGUGACCUCUCUAGAGGCCAUAUUUUUCAUAGGAUCUGCAUGUCAUAAUGUUCAACUUGAUGAUAUCUAGAUUAAGUUUGAAACUGGGUCACGUGCGGUCCAAAACUAGGUCAUUAGGUCAAAUAAUAGAAAAACCUUGUGACCUAUCUAGAGAUCAUAUUUUUCAUGGGAUCUGCAUGAAAAUUGGUCAGAAUGUUCAUCUUGAUGAUAUCUAGGUCAAGUUCAAAACUGGGUCACGUGUUGUCAAAAACUAGGUAACUAGGUCAAAUAAUAGAAAAGCCUUGUGACCUCUGUAGAGGCCAUAUUUUUCAUGGGAUCUGCAUGAAAAUUGAUCAGAAUGUUCACCUUGAUGAUAUCUAGGUCAAGUUCAAAACUGGGUCACAUGUGGUCAAAAACUAGGUCAGUAGGUCAAAUAAUAGAAAAACCUUGUGACCAUUCUAGAGGCCAUAUUUUUCAUGGGAUCUGUAUGAAAGUUGGUCUGAAUGUUCAUCUUGAUGAUAUCUAGGUCAAGUUUGAAACCGGGUCAGCUGCGUUCAAAAACUAGGUCACUAGGUCUAAACAUAGAUAAACCUUUUGUGAGAAUGUUCACUUUGAUGAUAUCUAGGUCAAGUUCAAAACUGGGUCACGUGCAGUCAAAAAGUAGGUCAGUAGGUCUAAAAAUAGAAAAACCUUGUGACCUCUCUGGAGGCCAUAUUUUUCAUGAGAUCUUCAUGAAAAUUUGUGAGAAUGUUCACCUUGAUGAUAUCUAGGUCAAGUACAAAACUGGGUCAUAUGCCUUCAAAAACUAGGUCAUUGUGUCAAAUAAUAGAAAUACCUUGUGACCUUUCUAGAGGCCAUAUUUUUCAAUGGAUCUUCAUGAAAAUUGGCCAGAAUAAACGACGUCAUACUCAGUUCAUGUGGGGACAGGUGAGCGAUUCAGGACCAUCAUGGUCCUCAUGUCAGAAAUGUAACUCCCAUUCUGUUACCAAAUUAGAAAUUAUAUUCAUGAAAGUUAUGAAUUAAUGCAUUGCAUUAUCUUUCUUUUGAUUUUACAUUUACAUUAAAGGUAUCAUGACA